AGUUCCCGGGAGGGCUCAGCCGGUUCCCCGGGGCACUGGGAUUCAGAGCAGUCUCCACUUGGGUCCUACAGGCCCCGGGGCACUGGGGCGGGGCGAACAACGCCCGAGCGGAGCUUUGCGGUUAGCCCCGACCUGCUUCCGGGACGGGGGAGGGGCGGUGUCUACGCCCCACCCCCGGGGGCGGAACCAGGCCUGGGGCUCGCCGAAAUCAGCUCAGGACACCAUGAAACAACUGCCUGUCUUGGAGCCUGGAGACAAGCCCAGGAAAGCAACAUGGUACGCCCUGACUGCCCCUGGAGACAGCCCUUGUGCUCGAGUUGGCCACAGCUGCUCGUAUUUACCUCCAGUUGACGACACUAAGAGAGGAAAGAUCUUCAUUAUCGGGGGAGCAAAUCCAAACCAGAGCUUCUCAGAUGUGCACACCAUGGAUCUGGGAACACACCGGUGGGACUUGGCUACCCAAGAGGGCCUCUUGUCCCGCUACGAACAUGCCAGCUUUGUUCCCUCCUGCACCCCUGGCAGCAUCUGGGUAUUUGGAGGAGCCGAUCAGUCAGGAAACAGAAAUUGUCUACAGGUCCUGAAUCCGGAAACCAACACAUGGACAACGCCAGAAGUGACCGGCCUGCCCCCAUCCCCAAGAACAUUCCACACAUCUGCAGCAGCCAUUGGAAACCAGCUGUAUGUCUUCGGGGGUGGAGAGAGAGGUGCUCAGCCCGUGCAGGAUGAGAAGCUGCACGUGUUUGAUGCAAACACGCAGACCUGGUCACAGCCAGAGACACUUGGAAAUCCUCCAUCUCCCCGGCAUGGUCAUGUGAUGGUGGCAACAGGGACAAAGCUCUUUAUC